GGUUCGGAUUUCGGUUCGGUUUUUUCGGAUCGGGUUCGGGUGCCACUUCGGAUAUCGGGUAAAGUGCCCACCCCUAAUCAAUACAAUAAAUAAAAAGAGAAUAAGAUCAAUGUUCAGGGUGUCGACAUCGGACUAUAAAAUUAGCCAAUAGAGAGCUUCCAAAUGUCCACCUCAGCAAUAAGUGGGUCUCACUCAAAAAUAUAUGUAAUAACGAGUUUUGUUUCAAUCUAAAGCCAAACGUCUUGAUCAAAAAAAAAGAAGCCAAACGCCAAAACCCAAGAGUGGGAGACGUCGAUUGUGUAAUGUAGUCCACCACCAUCAAAGCUAUUAAAAGCUUCAACUCAUCCAUACUCUUCAUCUCUCCCCCGAAUCUAAAUCUCCUCUGGUAGCUUCCAUGGAUGAGAAACAGUCAGAUUUCCAGAUCCAAAGCUUUGAAUAAAUCUAGCACCAAAGCUCCGGCAAUAUCAACCAGCGCAUCCAUGUCUAAGAAUCCAGCGAAAUCACCACUAAAGCUCCAGCGCAUCCAUGUCUAUCCGUUCUUCAAGAACAUAGUUUAAUGAUUGAGUUAAACUGGUUCUGGUUCCAUUCAUGCAAAGAGUUUGAAGCGAUCUCUAUGGUAAGGUUUAGGUUUUGUUGUCGAAUACAGUUAAUUAUUUAAAUUAUUUUGCUUUUUUUUUUUGUUGUUGUUGGUAUGUUAUUGGGAUGCAGAUAAAUAUCCAGAGUUAUGGUAACCAAGCUGAGAUCAAAGCGCGCAAAGGUUGUAAGAGAGACAAAGAGAAAGAGGCUUUAAAAAGCUCCAUAGAGGAUUACUGCAUUUUAUGUUGAGGCGAGCUUACUGAAGCGAGUGCUAGGGUAUUGCAACACAUCGCUUCAGCUCCAGAGGAUGGUAAUAAUCGUUUUGCCAUUGUAGUUGUAAAGGAAAUGUCAUACAACAAUUAUCUUGGUGUUGACUCAGUGUGGAACUGCGUAUCAGAUUCUGAAAACCCGACAUGUGCAGUCAUGAAGCACACUUUGAGGCCUACCGGCUAGCUUUAAUAGCAGAUCCAGGUAGCACCUUUGGUGGUAUUGUAGCCGCCAAUGUCAAAGUAGACAAGGGAUUCUUCGCAACAAAAAGAAAAGACAUCUAUUGUGUUACUGAUCAAAAUCUCACCAUCUGUUUCACUCAGAAUAUUGUCCUCUCGGAGCUUCAAUACAACCCAGUUGUGAUCGAGAGAAACAUGUUCAGGUUCCGCUCAUUCCAAGAGUUUGAGGGGUGAUUUGUAUGAUAUCAUCGGCCCAUGAAGGUCAUCAAUUGACAGUCUCUCAGCAAACACCCGGUCUUGAACGGAGGCAGCACUCCCACCUACAGCCAAAACAGUGACCUAUGAUUAACGUCUACCUUUGGGACCAGGCUUCUCAUGAGUCCCACAACAGGUUCAAUGAAAGUCUCGCCACUCUUGCUGUUGUAUUAGUAACAUCAGUUAACACUAAAUGUUUUGGAGGUACCGUGCUGAGAUAUCUAUCUAUGACAAUGUCGUUAAGGCAACUUUUGUGCUCCUUGGUAAUACUGGUCCUGAUCUAACAUAGGCAGGCGUUAGAGCUUAUUGACAAUUACUUCGAGGCUAAUGGGGACAUUGGUGCUAACCAUGAGAUGCCAACUCCACAAUGUCUGGUGGAAAUCUCGAGCUCCAACCUUACAGUUAAGAGACAUACCAUAAUUGUGACGAAGGUUGUUUGUCCUGCAGUUCUGCCACCAUUUGUAGUAGCAGAAAGCCAACCAGACGCAAUCGAUGAAGAGAGCACAUGCUCCUGGAUUAAUUAAUUUAUGUCAUAGGGAGUAACUUUAUCCAAACUAUUUUUGAACUCUUUGUUCUUGCAUAUUUUAUUUUUUAUAAAUAAUGUAUAAUGACUUGUGAAGUUGAGGUACUCUCCUUCCUAAGCAUAUGUUGUGUUUUCGUUAUUUAUAAGUUGGGUUUUAAAUUUGAAAUACAUAAAAACUAUAUUCUGAACUUUACCUUUUUGACCAUUGAAUGAUAAAAUUAAAGAAAUAUAACAAAAAUAAAAUAAAAAUUAUGCUAGUAAAAUAUAAUAUUAUAAUAUAAAUUUAACGUUAACUAAUAUAAAUUUAGAGUCCAGAUUUGAGGGGUGAAUUUUGGAGAUGAGAUUAAUUUUUUAAAUAAAUAGAUAAAUAUUUAGAAUUAAAAAUCAAAAAUUUUAAAAAUCAUUUCGCCUUUCAAAAAGAAAUUUUAAAUUUAUAAAUAUUCAAAUUAGAAAACAUAUAAUUUAAGAACUAUAAAAAUAUUUUUUUAAAUUUUUAAUUUUUUAUUAUUUAUUUAAAUAAUUAUUUAUAUUUAUAUAUCUAUAGAGCAAGGGAGGAAAAAAGGUAAAACGAUCUUUUUCCUCCUUAAUUAAAUCUAUUUUGAACAUUUCCUCUUCGGAACUCUGUUGGUGAAAAAAACUUAAAAAAUAUUUAAGAGAAUUGUGCUUAUAAUUAAUUUAACAUUAUUGUUUUUUUUUGUUUUACUAAAGUCAAUACGGCAAAACCAAACAUAUUCAAAAUGGUUUCAGUCUUAAAAACAAAAUUCAGAGAUUAAUUUCAAAUUGAUGACGUGAACUUAGAAUGAUAUUUAUAAGUGUAUUAUUGGAAAAGAAAUCUUCUAUACAUAUGUUUGUAAUAAUUUUGAUUUUUUAUUCAAGCAUGUAUAUAAACAAAAUAUUUCAUCUAUCUUAGAGUAUCUCCAAUAGGAAUUCUAGACUUAGAUUUCCCAAAAUACAUAUAUGUGUAUAAAUAUAUUAAUAUUUAAUUAUAGGUUCUCAACUUUACAAAAAACGUAACUCAAAAUAUUUUUUUCUGAUCAUUUGAUUUGUAUUGUCCGUAAAGUUAAUAAUUCUACAAUUAAAUAGUAAUAUAAUAUAUACAUAUAACAUAUACAGUGAAACCUUUAUAAAUUAAUAAUAUUGGAACUACAUCAAAACUAUAAUUUUUUUUAUUAAUUUGUAAAGAUAUUAAUUUAUCGAUAUACUAAUUGAACCAAAAACACAAUUUGGGACUACAAAAUUAUAUUAUCUUAUAGAGAUUUUUAGUGUAUAUUGAUUUAUAGAGCAUUAAUUUAAAGAGGUUAUACUGUAUAUAUUUUGAGAAUUCCAAGCUUAGAAUCUUCACCGAAGGUGCUUACCAUUAUAAUUCAAAAUGAGUUCUUAAAUUGAAAAUGGUUCUACAAUAUCUUUAUAUAUAUAUAUAUAUAUGUCAGAGAUUGUGGAUACAAAGAGAUGUUUAUGUAUUAUCGACGCAGGUCGUGUGAGAUUUUGGGAGCGCAAAGAUGUUCGUACUAGCAAUGGAGGAUGAGACUGGGGUUGGGAGGUAUAUAGAGGUUCUUAGAACAUGUUUAUUGCAGGUGUCUUAGGUUGGAGUUUUUAACGUAAUAUAAGAUACAAUCUCUUAACUGUUAACUAAAAAGCUAAGAGACGCCUCUUAAAUUAGAGAUAUAAGAGACGUCUCUUAGCUUAUUUUGUUAAAAACUAAGAUACCGUAUCUUAUAUUACGCUAAAAACAUCAACCUAAGAGACCUGCAAUAAACAUGCUCUUAUAUACUAUUGACACAUGAUUAGAUGAUUAUAUAUAUAUAUAAAACUAAGAGACCUGCAAUAAACAUGCUCUUAUAUACUAUAUGUUUCCUCCUAAAACCAUAAAACUAAAUUUUUUCGCCGAGUUUUUCCACUAAAAUUGCAAAGUUGAGCUUUUCGUCAAAUCCGCGAAAAUCAUGUUUUCCCAGCACAACUACAAAACAAGUUUUUUCGCCAAAACCAUAAAAUGAGUUAUUUCACUAAAAAAUUGAUUUUUUUUUUUUGCCAAAAUCGCAAAAUUAAGUUUUUCGGCCAAAACCGCAAAAAUGAGUAUUCAUGCCAAAACCUCAAAAAUGAAUAUUUUCUUCAAACUGGAAAAUUAAGUUUUCCCGGCAAAACGCAUAAACAUGUUUUCAGCCAAAUACGCAAAAUUUGAGUUUCCAUCAAAAUUGCAAAAUUAAGUUUUUUGUCAAAUCGACAAACAUGAGUAUUUUUUUCAAAAUAACAAAUUUGAGUUUUUCCGUCGCCCGCCAAGUCCAUAUAAUCAAGUUUUCUUAAAAAACAGCAAAAACAAAUUUUUCCACCGGAACUGCAAAACGAGUAUUUCCACCAAAACCACAAAAUUGAGUUUUUUUUUGCCAAAACUAAGGGUGUGUAAUCCAGAUUUCAAUUCUUUAAUUUUUUUAUGUUUAUUUGGUAUUUCAGUUUGUAGAAAAUAUCUACCAUAUUCAAAUCAUAUCUACUUUGGUUUUGUUCGGUUUAUAUAAUGUCGUUUUGGUUUAUUCGAUUUUAUACAAAACAAAACAUAAAUAUAUUUGUCUUUUAUAAUAUGUUUGUGAAUUUUACUUUAUAUGAUUAGAUAUCGGCUUGAAUAAAACAUGAAUAUAUUUUGGUUUUUAAAUAGACUAUAUUUUCUUUUUUCUUUUACUAUUUAUAAUAAUUAGUAAACAUAUUAAUUUAAUUAUGCCUUCUUUGUAGUUUAUGAUUAUUGCCAAAAAGGAUGCAUAAUUCCUUUGUUCUAUUAUAGUGAAGAACAUUGAGAUUUAAUGAAAGUAAGUUUGUGUUAAAAAAACAUAUUAACUUAAUAAUAAUAAUAUUUUAUAGAAUAAAAAUAAGAAAAAUUAGUAAUCCAUAAUAUUAUUAAAUAACUAAAUAUUAGCAAACAUAUUUGCAACGAAAAAAUAAAAAAUAUGUUUAUUAAUUUGAUAAAAUGAAAAAUAACUCUUAACUUAAAAUAAAAUAUUAAAUUACUAAAAUUAACAUUUAAAAUAUGAAAAUCAUAUCAAUAAAAUAAAUUAUGUAUAUAUUAUUAAUUAUAUUAUAUAACUUGCAUAUAAUUAUACUACUAUAUUUUAAUUACUCGGUUUGAUCAGUUUAUAUACCAAACUAUAUCUUUAUACCGCGGUUUUUUAAAAAAUAACAUUUAUUCGGUAUAUUCAUUAUUACCAAAUUCAAACCACUUUCUCUAUUUUAGUUCGGUUCUGUUUUAACGAAUUGAACACCGUAACAAAAACUGCAAAUUUAAGUUUUCCUGCAAAACUGUAAAAUGAGGUUUCCCACGAAAACCACAAAAUUGAGUUCUUGCCAAACUUGCACAAGACUUUUCCCGUUAAAAGUGCAAAUUUGAGUUCUCUCACCAAAACUUCAAAACCAUGUUCUUCCUGCCAAACCACAAAAUAGAUUUAUUUCGUCAAAACUAUAAAAUUGAGUUUUUCGUCAGAUUCACAAAAAAAAAAAAAAAAACAAAACCGCAUAAUUGAGGUUUUUUGUCAAAACUUAAAAAAAAAAUUGAGUUUUUUUGCCAAAACUGCAAAAACAUAUUUUUCCACCAAGACCACCAAACAGCAAAACAGGUUUUCAUUUGAUUCACAUAACUGAAUUUUAUAUACCAAUUGCAAAAUGUAGUUUUCACGGAAAAAAAAUGUGUAAUCCUGGAUUUUCUGCAAAAGACAUGGAUUCUUUUUUAAUGACUUUUAGAUUGUUUAAUACAGAUGAAUUGAAUAUUUUAUUUGGAUUUAUGUAUAUAUCGAUUUGUCUAGUUUUAAAAAAAAAAACUUAUUUGGGAAUAUACAAUAAGAAAGGGUAUUCAAAAGAAAAGGAAUACAAAUAAGACACGAGACUUGUGGCCUAGUGGGAAUAAUAAAAUUAAAAAGCUUAUCUGUAAAAAUAAGACACGAGACUAGUGAGAUACUUAACUCAGGCGACUUGGUUGACUACAAGUCCACUGGACUUUUGAAUAGUCUAUAUUGGUUGUGGAGGAGCAGCCGCCCACCAUGAAAGUUUUAAGUUAGUGUAAUUUUGUAUAGAUUUUUUAAUAAUGCCCCUGUUUAGAAUACAAAUUUAUAAAGAUACUAGAUAGUGUUUUGUAUUAUGCCCCAUGGCCCCCAUCCGCUACUGGUUUUGUAUAUGGGGUUGUGAGGUCCACAACAAUAAGUUAGAGAAAUUUUGCAUUUGCUGAUUUGCUUCGUCUCAUAUAUUCACUUUCCUGCAACAUUUGAGAUGAACGAAAAGCUUUUAACCCAAGAAAAAAGAAGAAGCAUGAGAUUGUUUUAUUUAUAUUCUUUCAGUGCUGUCAUGUUACUGAAAGCAUAUGGUUUUACCGGAGAAACUGAUAGGAUAGCAUUGCUAGACCUCAAAUCUCAAGUUUCUGAAGACAAACAAAAUGUCUUGUCCUCGUGGAAUAACUCAUUCCCUCUCUGUAACUGGAAAGGGGUUACAUGCGGUCUCAAACACAAGAGAGUUACCCGUUUGGACCUUGGAGGAUGGCAGUUAGGGGGAGUGAUAUCUCCAUCUAUUGGUAAUCUUUCCUUCCUCAUAUCACUUGAUCUCUCUGAUAACUCGAUUGGUGGAACCAUCCCUCACCAGGUGGGAAACUUGUUUAGACUUGAGUACUUAGAUAUGAGUCAUAAUUUUCUUGGAGGAGGGAUUCCAACUAGUAUGUCUAACUGCUCAAGAUUGUUGAGUCUUAGAUUAACUUCAAAUAGUCUUGGAGAAGGUGUUCCUUCAGAACUGGGAUCAUUGGCGAGGCUUGAAAUUUUAAAUCUUGGUCGAAACAACCUUACAGGAAAGAUCCCCCCAUCUCUAGGAAACUUGACAUCACUCACGCGAGUUAUCUUUUCAUCGAACAAAAUAGAAGGAGGAGUUCCUAAUGCUCUAGCUAGAUUAACUCAGUUAGUGUCUCUUAGACUAGGAAUGAACAAAUUCUCUGGCGUUUUUCCUCCCUCCAUCUACAAUUUUUCCUCACUUGAGAUCUUGAGCAUUUUUCAUAGUGGUUUCUCCGGUAGCCUAAAGCCUGAUUUUGGUAAUCUACUACCAAAUCUUCGACGUUUGCAUAUGGGACGUAAUCAUUUUACAGGACCAAUCCCCACAACACUUUCCAAUAUCUCAAAUCUUGAGAAUUUUGGAAUCGUGUUUAACAAAAUGAUGGGAAGUGUUCCUUCAAGUUUUGGAAAACUACAGAACUUGCAAUACCUAGCACUUGCCAGUAAUUCUUUGGGUAGUUACUCCUCCGGAGAUCUUGAGUUUCUCAAGGCUUUGGCUAAUUGUACCCAACUUCAUACAUUACUUGUUAAUGGAAAUAGGCUUGGAGGUGACUUCCCUACCUCUAUUACGAACCUGUCCACCAACCUCUGGAAAUUAGACCUUGGAAUGAAUUUAAUCUCUGGAACCAUUCCUUAUGACAUUGGGAAUCUCAUCAGCCUACAAAAACUUAUGUUAGAUGAUAACUUGUUGACCGGACCACUGCCAAGUUCCAUUGGAAAGCUUUCUAGAUUGGUGGUAUUAAACCUCACGUCAAAUAGAUUGUCUGGAGAGAUACCUUCUUCAAUAGGUAACAUCACUCGGUUAGGAAAACUCUAUUUUUCCAACAAUAGUUUUGAAGGAACCAUUCCUCCCAGUCUUGGUCAGUGCAGAUUCAUGUUGUAUUUGUGGAUUGGGUCUAAUAAGUUGAAUGGGACUAUACCUCAGGAGAUUAUGCAAAUUCAGUCCCUUGUUCACCUCGACUUGUCAGAUAAUUCCUUGACAGGCUCUCUGCCAAAGUAUAUUAAACCACUAGAGGGUCUUUGCAUACUGUCUGUUGCGCAUAAUAAAUUAUCCGGGCAACUCCCUCAAGUCUUGGGCAAUUUUCUCUCGUUGGAGAAUCUUUAUCUACAAGGAAAUUUUUUUGAUGGUGAUAUUCCAAAUAUAAAAGGGUUGAUGGGUGCUAAAAGACUUGAUUUCUCAAACAAUAAUCUCUCUGGAAGUAUACCUGGAUAUUUUGCAAACUUUUCUUCAUUGGAGUAUCUCAAUCUAUCCAUUAACAAUUUCCAGGGAAUAGUGCCAACAGAAGGAAACCUUAAGAAUGCUACUGUACUUUUAGUAUUUGGAAACAAAGAUCUAUGUGGAGGCAUCAAGGAACUGAAACUAAAGCCAUGUAUUAUGCAAGUACAGGCAAUGGAUACAGGCCAUUCCUCUCUUGUGAAAAAAUUUUCCGUUGGGGUUAGCAUUGGCAUAGUUUUCCUCUUGAUAGCUUAUAUUUCUCUAUGUUGCUUAAGAAAAAGAAAGAGGAACCAGCAGCAGACCAAUCAUCCAACUUCUUCUUCUGCACUAGAGGUUUGUCAUGAACAGAUAAGUUAUGCAUAUCUACAAAAGGCGACAGAUGGCUUCUCUUCCAGCAAUAUGAUUGGAUCAGGCAGUUUUGGCACUGUGUUUAAGGCAUUGCUCCCAACGGAGAACAAGGUUGUUGCAGUGAAAGUUCUAAACCUACAGAGACGUGGAGCUAUGAAGAGCUUUGUGACAGAAUGCGAAUCUCUCAAGGACAUAAGGCAUCGUAAUCUUGUGAAACUAUUGACGGCUUGUUCGAGUACUGAUUUUCAAGGAAAUGAUUUCAGAGCUCUUGUCUAUGAGUUAAUGCCAAAUGGAAGCCUGGAUAUGUGGCUGCACCCAGAGGAAGUGGAAGAGAUCCGUCGACCCUCAAGAGCCUUGACCCUAUUUGAAAGGCUCAACAUUGCCGUUGAUGUAAUUUCCGUUUUGGAAUAUCUUCAUGUUUAUUGCCAUGAACCUAUAGCUCAUUGCGAUCUCAAGCCGAGCAACGUCCUCCUAGACAAAGAUCUGACUGGUCAUGUUAGCGACUUUGGCAUUGCUCGAAUGCUCAUGAAACUUGAUCAAGGGUCUUUAUUCAACCAACAAAGCUCGGUCGGCGUCAGAGGAACCAUCGGCUAUGCUGCACCAGAAUAUGGAAUGGGAGGACAACCAUCAAUAUAUGGUGAUAUGUAUAGCUUUGGUGUUCUUCUUUUGGAAAUGUUCACUGGAAAAAGACCAACAGAUGAGUUAUUUGGGGGAAACGUUACCCUAAACAGCUACAUCAAGUUGGCGUUUCCAGAGAGGGUGUUGGACAUUGCAGACAAUUCGAUUCUUAAUAGCAGUCUCAGAGUUGGUUUCCCUCUUGGUGAGUGCUUGACACUGGUGUUGGAGGUGGGACUUAAGUGUUGUGAAGAAACACUGAAGAACCGUUUAGCAACGAGUGAAGCCAGAAAGGAUUUAAUCCUAAUCAGAGAGAGAUUCUUUAAACAUUGAUGUGUUUAUUGUUUCCUCUGCAGACUUUGCAACCCACUUAAAAGAAGGAAUCUGAGACCUAUAUAAUAUUGCCUUUCAUAAUUUGUGGUUUUUUACUCAGUUAAACAUGAUUAUGCUUGCAGGAUGCUAUGUUAUAUGCAGACAAUAGAAUAAAUGUUGUGUUACCAGCUUUAUAAUUGCCAUUUCUUAAAGCUCUGAUUGUGUAUUGAUGCUUUUCUUUCCCUAGGUGAUCAAAUUUGAGGGUUUUAAAAAUCUGGAUGAUCAAGAAAAGUUUUAAAGGGGAUAGUACGCAACAAUCUAGUGUCCUAGUAACUUAUCUUUUCGGAGAAUGAUCUAACUGAAUUAGACAGACAGUCCUAUGUACAAACGGUGACUGUUUUGGUGGCUUCAUUGAUCAAUCAGUUUUGUUGUUAGUGUUAAAUCAGCUAGUGACAUGAAGCUGCAGCUGUAAUUUGGAGUCAAUAGUGUUCCCAUUUGUUCAUGAUUAAAAGUAACUGCACUUAUUGGUCUACGAUGGAAGAUGCGCUUAGGGGUUUAUGGUGGAUACUGGAUACACGUAAAACCUGCAAAGGAGAGAGAUACAGUGAAAAUAUGAGUGAUCCUUACAAGGAACUAAAUGAGUUAAUUAAUGGCGUAACAGAGGCAUUAUAAUUAUGUCUCUAUAUGAAGAGUUAGAGGCACAAAAUAAGGAAGGUAUUCGGGUCCGGUUAGAGGCACAAAAUCAAGAACCGGCACAUCAAUUAAUACCAACCUUAGAAAGUAUUUCCAUGUACUCGACCUCAACAUACCAACCUAACCAUUUCAGCCCACAACUCACAAAAUAUACCCAUACCACUAUCACUGACUUCAUUUAAGAGUUUAAUUGCAGUCUUAUCGAAGGAAUAUCGACCACAUGACACAUGGAUUCUUACUUAUUUUCGUGAACCGGUUGAUCUCUUAUAAACUCAUAUAAUAUCGUAUUUCAUCAUUUUUACCUUUUUUUUUCUUUGUUUAUGCUCCCUUAACGAAUGUUCUGUUGCACAAAAAAAUGAAUACUUUGUUUUUUUUUUGCUUAAAAAAUGAAUACUUUGUUGUGACAAGAUGAAUGUUUGUGCUACCAUGUUUACAUUAUGAUAAACAUUUUCCUUGAGAUAUUAUGUGCAUAAUCUUAGCCGAAAUGAAUGGUUUAUCUUUUGUCCUUGAAUACAUAUUGCGAUCUAAUCUAUUAAUUUAGGGAUUGGUUUUUUAUCUACUACUUAAAGUUGUUAUUUAGAUUUUGGGCUCUUUCAUAGUUGUUACUAGAAUAUAUCACACCUCCUAUAAAAUGCAACCUACCAACUUAAAUUAAACCAAAUCUUAACCAACGUAGAAAGAUUGAACUUAACCAAUAACAUAAUUAAAAUAUUUCUGGUUAUCUCUUAAUAUAAUUAGAUCAUAAAAAACUGAACCAUUCUUAAAUCAAUGAGUUCCAAAUCAUUCCAAACAUAAGAGAAAAAAUGCCCGACUCAUUUAUAAUGUAUCUUUAAUACAAAAACUGUGUAUGCUUAUGUUCAUAUAACUUUACCUUCAUAUAUUUACUCUUCACAUGCAUCAUAUCACAACAUGUAAAAGUGAUAUAUAAACGUGGGUUCUCAUCUAGAUACGAAAAUAUAUUUGAUUUGAUCAAAUCAUAAUUUAUAUAAACCUAUAUUUAUAUUUUUAAAUUAACUUUGAUCAAAUCUACUAUAAGUACGUGGGUCAUCAUAUUAUUAUUCAAUUCAUAAUAAUAUUAGAUUUGAUUAAUUCUACUAUAACUAUCUUGAAUAAAAAAUUUAUCAAAAAACUCAAACAAAUAUAUAUAUAUAUAUUACACAAAAAUAUAUA